ACAGCUUGUUGAACUCGCACUGUUCGGAAUUAGAGCGGUAGAAGAACAUGGAUCGUUGGGUGGGAAAGGUCGCCGUGGUGACCGGCGCGAGUUCGGGAAUCGGUGCCGCGAUCGUCGAAGCCCUCGUCAAAGAGGGUCUCCUGGUUGUCGGGUUAGCGAGGCGUCUGGAAUUGCUCGACCAACUGUCUGCAAAACUCAAAGGGGCAAAGGGAAAGCUGUUCGUGAGGCGGUGCGACGUUAGCAAAGAAGAGGAUCUCGUCGGUUCCUUCGAAUGGGUGACGAACGAACUUGGAGGUACCGACGUACUGGUGAACAACGCCGGUAUCUGGAGCAACACAGCGAUCAUAGAUGACGAUAUCGAUGGUUUUCGAAAACUUCUGGACGUCAACAUCUUGGCAGUCGCCAGCGGCAUAGGAAAGGCAGUUGCCUCCAUGCGAGAGCGCGGUGUGGCCGGCCAUAUCGUCAAUAUAAAUAGCGUCGAUGGCCACUUCAUUCCCUUCAACGAAACCACAAGUUUGUACCCCGCGAGUAAAUACGCGAUGACUGCUAUGACGGAGGGAGUGCGAAGGGAGCUUGUGGCUAAUAAGACCAAAAUCAAAAUCACGAGCAUCAGUCCCGGGUUUGUCAAGACGGAUAUCAUACGGGCUACGGGCAUACCCAACUGGCAAGAAUAUUUCAAUGACCUUCCGCAUCUCCAAGCAAAGGACAUUGCUGACGCAGUUCUGUACGUCUUGAGUACCCCUGAAAAUGUUCAGGUGACGGAGCUUACGGUUCGUCCGGUCGGUGAAACGUGUUAGAAGAAAACGAGAAAAAGAUGUACUGAUACGAGAUGUAAUAAUUCAUCUUUUUCACCAAUAAAUUUUCUAAUCUCCUCUGUCGAAA